AUGACCCACACCUUCCAAAGAGGUGAUAACAUCUUUGUAAAUGGCGAUGAUGGCAGCCUGUGGUAUGCUGUGAUCAAGGACAUCAGAGUCCAACAGUUGAAGAGAAUACAGAAGGCAUGGGUUGAAGUGCAGUGGUACUACAGCAGGAGUGAUAUAGGAGACAAAAACAUGAGAAAAUACAUUGGCAACAAUGAGCUGGUUCUAUCGGACCACAAUGACAUCAUUGAACCAGAGGCCAUCGUGUCUUGGAAGCUCAUGGAGAGCAUAGCGCCAGCAGACAUCACAUCUUUCAGUGCAGAAAGGACCCAAGGAUAUGUAUACAUGGUGGACCAUGAGCACACAUGGUAA